GAAAGAGAUAUUGAGUGAGGGGAGGAAGGGGAAGAGGGAGGAGGUUUUGAACGCAUGGGCGGUUCAUCAGCGCAGCGAGAGGUUAUUCAGUUUUAGGGUUUGCAGCUCCGUCUCGCUUGCAACGCUCCUUGCGCUCAAUCGUGAGCUUCUGCGAGAGGACUUGUGCGAGGUGAGCGUUACGGGCCGAGUCGCGCAGUAGCUUCAGGGAUUGCGAUGCCGAAGUUUGGCUUUUCUAGCACGUGACAGAAAGGGAGGCGAAGGUUGUGGAAGUUGGAGCGAGAGGAUGGGAAAAGAAACGGGGAGAUGGCGUGGUGGCGGAGGAGGAGAUGGAGUGGUGCGGAGUGCGGGGAGCUUGUGCUAUGGAUCGUUGUUUUUGCUGCUGGUGUGUUAGAAGCGGGGUGACGCUGUUGAACUUGAGGACUUGAGUUUCGGCAGAAUCGUUGGACGUGCAACUGAGUUGACGCUGUAGAGACGAGUUGCAACAGCGACAAGUCCGAAGACGGGGUUGAAGCAUGUCGUGGCGUGACGAGAAGGCGGAGUAUCUGCAGAAGAGCAGGGACUUCUCCUUCUUGCAGGAAGAUGGUCGGGAUCCCAGAGAAGUUCAGAGAAGCAAGAAGGGCAGUGACGAUCGGGUGCCCGACAACCAGGAGGCGCGGGACCGGUUGCUCCGACUGAAGGCUCUGGAGAAGCAGAGAGCUGACAAGCAAAAGAAGCAGUAUGUUCGGAGUCCGUCCCCCGAAUGGGAAGAUCGGUACGAGCGGCGGGAGACGGAGAGGAACGCAGGGCCGAGCGGGAGCAAGCGACCGGCAGGGAAGGACAACUUCGGGUCGUUUUUUGGGAAGGUGGAGAAGGUGGUGGCGAAGCGGGUGGUGGAAGAGAAGCGAGCGCGGGAGAUAGCUGCUCGCGAAGCCCGAAUAGCCGAGGCGGAGAAGGCUGCGAAAGCUCGGGCAGAGAGCAGGAUGAGGGCGGCGAACAGCGGGUCGGGAAGCAAGCCCGCAGCAAAACCGAAGCCUGUGAAUCCGGCGGCAGCGAAGGCGCAGAAGCUGAAAGACAACCGGGACUACUCGUUUCUGUUUUCGGACGAGCCCCCGAGCAAACGCGGGGGAGGCGAGGGUAGGGAUUCUGGAGCAGAGCCCAGCAAGGCGUCGAGAGACGGCAGGGGCUCCGCAGAGGGUUCGGCGAAGCAGAAGUCGAUGAGUUCGAUGGGUUCACAGGGUCAAAAGGCGAAGGUGGCAGGCAAUGGUAGCGUGCGGCCUUCGUCGGGACAGGGAUCCGCGAGCGGGCAGGCCCGCCAUGCAGGUGCGAUGGCGAGCAGGGCGGGGUCUGGCGCGGAGAGGGACAGCGGUGGUCGGGAACCUCGGUACGAGAGCGAGAGAAGGUCGGAGAAGGAAGUGCGACGCGCGAGCGAAGGGAGGGCGGAACGGGGGCCACGGUUGGAUGGGGAAAGGAGGGCGGAGAGGGGGGUGGCACCGUCUCGAGCGGGAUUGGCGAGCAAGAGUGGGGUGGACGAGAGAGCAUCGUCUCGAGGAGCGGCGUCGAAGAUGGGGAUGGCGUCGGAUAGGGCAAAGAGAGACGGGCAGGAGAGGGCGAAGUCAGCGGGCUCGAAAGCUAUGAACCACGACAGAAGUGUGGUUCGGGAGUCAGUGUCGGCGAAGCAGUCGUCAGCGAGUCGGGUGGCUCAAAGUGGAGGUCAGAGGAUGAUGUCGCAGUCCGGGAAUGGGAGCGUCCGAGAGAGGAUGGUGGCGAAGUCGACAGCAGAGGUGAGGGUGUCGCAGUCGGUCCGGAGAGACAGCGAGAGGGAUGGAUCUGCGAUGAAGCGAAAGAGUGUCGGGGAGCCGGCGAGGAAGGCGGCGGUGAGUGCGAAGGCGAACGACGGGAGGAGAGUGGAGAGGCCGAGGUACGGGAGCUCGGACUCGGAGAGCGAGAUGAGAAGAGUGGUGGCAGGAGGACCUCGACCUGGAGCAUCAGGUGGGAGCAGAAUGGCUCCGGCGAGCGCGAACGGGUUGAAACGGAAAGCAGUCGACGAGCUGGAUAGGAGGAAGACGAUGGGUGUUCCGACGAGGAGGCCAGCGGCGGACGAGGCGAUGAGAAGGAAGUCGGUGGGAAGCGAGGGUACGCAGAGGAAGGCGAGCGUGGAGGUGAGGAGACCAGCAGCAAGGGAGGAGGUGGCGAGGAGCAGGCCAGCAGCCGGGAAGGAGAAGAAGAGGGUGCAGGAGCUGGACUCUGAGUACGAGUCGGACAGCGAGGACGGAGGAGGCGCUCGAGCAUCAGGGGUGUCGAGCAUCAUACAGAAGCUGUUUCGGUACAAUCCGAACAAGUACAAGGAUUUGGACGACGAAGACGACAAGAACAUGGAGACGAGUUUCCGACACAUACAGGCGGAGGAGAAGCGGAGCGCGCGGCUGGCACGGGAGGAGGACGAGAGGGAGCAGGAGUUGAUAGAGGAGGAGGAGCGGCAGGAGCGGCUGCGAAGGAUGAAGAGACAGAAGGCUCGAUGAAGUGGGGGAGUGGGAUAGGUUGCGUGGAGAGUCGGAACGCAGAGUGGGACCUGGAAGGAGGUGGGAUAAUGAGAGAUGCUGUGGCGUGGUGGACAUGAUGCAGGUGGAGUUGGGUUGGUGAUGAGGUAUCGCAUUUGAUGGGCACGCGAGGGUGCUGAGACGGAUCGACGAGCACGAGAGAAUGCCAUGGUGAGUUGAAAUUUCGACAAGGGGAGUUGGGAGGGUUUUGAGCUUAGAAGUGUUGAAGGGAGUGUUGAGGCGGUUUUUGUACUUGUAUGAGAUAAUUUAUGAACUGAGGAAGGGAGGACUGGAGACAGUAGAGUGUAGUGCUGUGGGUAGUUAGUGAGAUAUGCUUUGCGGGGAAUACAUGGGGGGUUGCUGUUGAGCUUUAGAUUUUUCGGAACCUUGGGACAACGGGAAAUGGAGAAGACAUGUUCACGGGGAGCGGCCUAAUGCUUACGGUAAGGGGAACCUGUAAAUGCUAAAUGUGGUGAAAGCCAGGGGUUGAUGGCUUGUCGUCUGCAUAGAAGUUGUGCAGUUCGUGUAGCCGAGUUCACUUGUCCAUGAUUAUUUAGUAUUUAUUACAGUGUACAGAUUUUUUAUGAGUAUUUUCUGCUACUGGAUCAUUUUAUAGGUUUUAUUCAUUAUGUAGUAGCUACUGGAUCAUUCCAAAGAAAUAGAGAUUGUCGAGAAUUUCUCUUUUGGGGUGGCUUGUACGUUUUCAUGAGUUGAAGAAUCAGGAGUUCAAACGUUUGAUCUGGUUACAGUGUUUUGGUA